UAAAAAAAAAAAAGAUGAUGGAUCGCCUUGUCUAUCCAAAGUCCAACUAAACAACAGUGGCUUUUAUUGCAUUCUUAUCCUGUCGUGGGGAAAUCAAAUUUAAAUUAAGAAUAAAAAUUCAAAACUUGGCAGAUAGAUAUGAUGGCUUCACCUUCUCUUUUAGAUAACAAAAAUAAUAAUUAUAAUGAUAAUACUGAUAUUGAUCAUCAUCGUGAUGUUAUUAUUAGCCCUCGAGAUGUUUAUAUAGUGGGUGUUGCACGCACGCCAAUUGGGGAUUUCUUAGGUUCCCUUUCAUCAUUUUCGGCAACCCAACUUGGAUCUUUAGCUAUACGGUGUGCUCUUGAACGGGCUCGUAUUGAUCCACAGCUAGUACAAGAAGUUUUCUUUGGAAAUGUUCUGAGUGCUAAUUUAGGUCAAGCUCCUGCCAGGCAGGCUGCGUUGGGUGCCGGCAUUCCUCAUUCUGUUGUUUGUACUACUAUUAAUAAAGUUUGCUCUUCCGGUCUCAAAGCAACAAUGCUUGCUGCCCAAAGCAUUCAAGUUGGUGCUAAUGAUAUCGUCGUUGCUGGUGGCAUGGAAAGCAUGUCUAAUGCCCCUAAGUAUCUAACUUCCUCAAGAACAGGAUCUCGCCUUGGACAUGAUUCUAUCAUUGAUAGCAUGAUCAAAGAUGGCCUUUGGGAUGUUUACAACGAUUUUGGAAUGGGCGUUUGUGCCGAGUUAUGUGCUGAUACCUACAACAUAACCAGACAACAUCAGGAUAACUAUGCUAUUAGGAGUUUCAAUCGUGGAAUUUCUGCACAAAACAAUGGUGCCUUCGCAUGGGAGAUAGUUCCGGUCAAAGUGUCUGGGGGAAAAGGAAAGCUCCCUACAGUUGUUGAUAAAGAUGAAGCACUUACAAAGUUUGAUGCUACAAAGUUGAGGAAUUUAAGACCUAGUUUCAAGGUAAAAGGCGGUUCUGUUACUGCAGGCAAUGCUUCAAGUAUAAGUGACGGGGCAGCUGCGUUAGUGCUAGUGAGCGGAGAGACAGCAUCAAAGCUUGGAUUACAAGUAAUUGCUAAAAUUAGAGGUUUUGCUGAUGCGGCUCAGGCCCCUGAGUUGUUCACUACUGCUCCAGCCCUUGCAAUACCUAAAGCUAUUUCAAAUGCUGGCUUGAAGGCUUCUCAAAUUGAUUAUUAUGAAAUAAAUGAAGCAUUUUCUGUUGUGGCCUUGGCCAACCAGAAGCUACUAGGAAUUGUUGAUGAACAAAUUAAUAUUCAUGGUGGAGCUGUAUCCUUGGGACACCCACUAGGUUGCAGUGGAGCUAGGAUUUUGGUCACCUUGCUUGGGGUAUUAAGGCAAAAUAAUGGAAGGCUGGGGGUUGCUGGUAUAUGCAAUGGGGGUGGAGGAGCAUCUGCAUUGGUUCUGGAGCUCAUGCCAACUCCAAGGAUGAGUCACUCCAGGUUGUGAGGAAAUUGUGUGAUGGCAUUCGGUCAUUAUCCCUUUCAAAGAAAAGUGGCGUUGUUCAACUACAAAGGAUCAUUGGCGAUGCUACUUUGGCUAAAGCAGUGGCACAAAAUCACCUGCUUUGCUUCUUUGAGAAACCAAAGAGAUUGACUAGUAUGAAUAUAUUACUGUAAUAAAAUGGUGAACAUUGGUGAAGUGACACUAAAUUUCAUCAACUAUAUCGUAUCCGCGAGAUGUAUCCUAUUUAGAACCCUUCGAAGUGAUGAACCCACUAUUCGUUAACUAUGCUGUUAAUUCUCACAUAUCCGUAUAACAGUUGAGGUCCGAUAUUUUAGAUAUAAGUUAUAGCGGUGGUAUAAUGAUGAUAAUAGAGAAAUUAUCAUAAA